AUGAUUGAAACGGAAUAUAGAAUAGUGGGUUCUGGGUUUUCCUCCAGGAUACAGCAAGUCAUGUCCUACAAAUAUCUGAAUUCCUAUGAUUUUGCAGAAAGAAUUGCAAAUGCCACCCCUAUUCCAGGAGACUUACUUCGAGAAAAUACAGAUGAGGUAUUUCCAGAUGAACAGCUCAGUGAUGGGGAGAAUGGUAUCCCUGUUGGUGUAUCACCAGAAAAACUUCCUGUAUCUGUGGGACACCCUCGUCCUCAGGAGAAGGAUGUCUGGGAAGAAAUGGAUAUCAACAGGAACAAGAUAAAACUGGGGAUCUGUAAGGCUGCUACAGAAGAGGAGAAUAGUCAUGGUCCAGCAAAUGGUAUACUGAAUGCUCCAAGCCUUGGUUCACCAAUUCGUGUCCGCUCUGAGACAACCCAGCCAGAGAGAGAUGUCCCAUUGGUACGAAAGUUACGGUCUAUCCACAGUUUUGAGUUGGAGAGGCGUCUGACCUUGGAGUCAAAGCCAGACACUGACAAGUUUCUGGAGACUUGCUUGGAAAAAAUGCAGAAAGACUCCAGUGUGGAAAAGGAACCAGUUCCCCCUGCUUCUCUUCUUCAUAAGCCCUGUGCUCCUGCUGUGACCCGUACUGACCACAUCUGGCACUAUGAUGAAGAGUACCUCCCAGACGCUUCUAAGCCUGCGUCUGCCAACUCUCCAGAGCAGGCAGAUGGUGGUGGGAGCAAUGGAUUCAUAGCUGUCAACCUGAGCUCCUGCCAGCAGGAGGUUGAUUCCAAGGACUGGGUGAUUGUGGACAAGGAGCGGGACCUUCAUGAUUUCAGGACGAAUGGGGCUUUAGGGCAUAAAACUGGAAGCCCUUCAGAUGAGGAACCUGAGGUGCUGCAAAUCCUCGAGGAAUCUCCUCAAGAAGAACAGCAUAAACUAGGUCCUUGGGUAGAAGAUGAUCAUAAAAAAAAUGGAGCCCCCAGUGUGGUCUUGGCACUGUCGGUGGCGUGUCCUGCCACUGCAGCGUCAGAGCAAUAUGCAGAUAGACUAGAACUCCAGACUGGAGCUGCGGGCCAGUUUCUUGCAGCCACACCCACCAGCCCAAUGGAGGCUCAAGCAGAAGGACCUCUCACACCA